AUGGUAAGAGCAGGAGACCAUUUUGAGACAUGCUCUACAACCAGAGAGCAACAGCAGGAAGGUCAUAGAGCUAAGAGGUCUCACCACUGCCCACAUUGUGAGGAGAUUUUCCCAAUUCUAUCAAAGCUAAAAAUACACCUAAAAAUACACACUGGAGAGAAUCCGUAUUCCUGCUCUGACUGUGGGAAGACUUUCUCCCGAUUGGAUACCUUAAAAACACAUGAACAUAUACAUACAGGAAAGAAUCUGUAUUCCUGUACUGUCUGUGGGAAGACUUUCUCCCGAUUGGAUACCUUUAAAACACAUGAACGUAUACAUACAGGAGAGAAUCCAUAUUCCUGUACUGACUGUGGGAAGAGCUUCACAACAUCAGGAACUCUGACAAUUCAUCAGAGAGUGCACACUGGAGAGAAGCCUUACUCCUGCUCUGACUGUGGGAAGAGGUUCUCUCAACAGAUCCAUUUACAAAAACACCAACAUACUCAUACUGGAGAGAAGCCUUACUGCUGCUCUGACUGUGGGAAGAGUUUCUCUCAACAGAACCACUUAAAAUGUCACCAGCGAAUACAUACAGGCGAGAAGCCUUACUCCUGCCCUGACUGUGGGAAGAGUUUCAUCCGAUUGGAUAUAUUAAAAUGCCACCAGCGAAUACAUACAGGAGAGAAGCCUUAUUGCUGCUCUGAGUGUGGGAAGAGUUUCUCCCAACUGGGUAAUUUAAAAACACACCAACUUAUACAUAAAGGAGAAAAGCCUUACUCCUGCUCUGACUGUGGGAAGUGCUUCACAACAUCAACUGAUGUAAAAGUUCAUAAAAGAGCACACACAGGAGAGAAGCCUUACUACUGCUCUGACUGUGGGAAGAGUUUCUCCCGAUUGUAUACCUUAACAACACACCAACGUAUACAUAAAGGAGAGAAGCCUCAUCAGUUCUCUCAGACCAGCUAAAAUUAAAGUCAUUACAUCACUUAAUUCUCAAGAAAUCCUAGCACACUCUGUUGUAAUCCUAUUGUUUCUCACUGUGAGAACUGUACAGAGGAAAGGGAGCGUUAUAGAAUUUUAGCCUCUCUUUACUUUACUGAUCAGUGUGCAUCUUGUCAGUUUUGGUGUGUUUUGUUAGUUUCUACUGUAAAAAUAUUGAGAUUACCUUGGAUUUGCCCUUAGGAUGGAAUAACCUCUAUGAGGCUGGUUGACUGGGUGGUACUGCUUCCCUCUGCAGUUUUCUGUGGAAUUGAGUUAGUAGACAACAUGUAUCAGAUAGAGAUGGUGUGAUGAUCAGUUUUCACCAUUCGUUUGGGGGGAAUAUUUGAUUUAUUAAACAAAUAUUGGUUUAAUUAUAUACAGGUUAUGAAACAACUACAUUUGUUUAUUUAGUUGCAUUUUAAAACUAGAUUAGUUAUUUUUGUCAUUGAUGAUGAAUAUGUUUAGAUAACUGCAUUGAAGCAAACUUAACUGAUCUGCCGAUUUAAUAAAAAUAAUAAUUCUA